AUGAAUGAGAAACUGGCUGAUAACCAUGCCGAGUUCAUGGCGGUUAUGGCAAAACUGGCGAACACCAUGGAAGCGAAUGCUGCUGCAACUGUGGAAGUUGUGCAAAGGUUAACCCAACCGGCCAGAAGCAGAAACGACAAUGGAGAAGGUGCUGAGGACAGCUUGAGAGGUGUUCUGAGGACUCUAGCUGCUUUUCGGAGAGCUGACCCGUCGGUUUUCAAUGGUUCAACAAACCAUAUUGAAGCAGACAACUGGUUCCGAGCUAUGGAGCGUACAUUGCUAACUCAACAUGAAGCUUUCUACAGGAAGUACUUUCAUGGGUCAUUAAGGGAGGCCAGAGAAUUGGAGCUUUUACAACUGAAGCAAGGGUCCACGACUAUAGUGGAAUACAUCAGCAAGUUCAAGGAACUCUAUAGGUUCUCGAGGAUAAGUCAGGGUACUUCUGGGUCUUGUGAGGGAUGGAAAUGCAUCAAAUACAAAGUGGGGUUGAGAGAGGAUAUCAGGCGUACUGUGGCUCCACUAGAGAUGAGGAUAUUUUCUGAAUUGGUGGACACGACAAGGGUUGUUGAAGAAUAUGCAAGGACGUGUGGGAACUACCAUCCAGAUAGGCCUUGCCAGUUGGGUAAGAAGCUAUGUUACAAGUGUGGCGCACCAGGACAUUUGGUUAGAGAUUAUCGUCGCGAGAGGAACCGAGAUGAGGCUCAGAAUCAACAGUCAGGCCUUUUGUUCACUUUGGAUGCACGUGAUGUGAUGGGGUUGGAUCCUCCGAUGAGAGUAGCCAAGGAUGUCAGGCCUGUGAUAACGAACGAUCAGAGUGGACAUGCCGGAAUGGUUUAUAGGUUUAGAAUAAUUUCUAAUUUGGGUUGGGACUUUGGCUUAAAUGAUUCGGUUUUGAAAAUUGAAGUUGAUUUAAAGGUUUUGACAAAUAUUACAAAAUCGAUAUUUGGUUUAACGAAAAAUUUUGGUUUCUUAAUGAUGAUAAUCAGAGUGACGCAACAGAAGUUGUAUGCUAAGUUGUCGACGUGUGAGUUCGAGAAGAGGGAAGUGAAGUUCUUAGGUCACGUGGUGAGCAAAGGAGGAAUAACCGUGGAUCCUUCUAAGACGGAAAUUCAGAAGGCUCAGCAAGAUAAGCAGAAGCUUCAGAAAUUGUCCCAACCAGUUGGUGAUAAGAGGUAUGAGGAUUUCGCUAAGGAUGGUGAAGGAUUGUGGAGAUAUAAGGGAAGAAUUUGCAUACCGGAUGUCGGGAGGUUGAGGCAAGACUUGUUGUCGGCAGCUCACUACAGUGGAUUUCCUAUUCAUCCCGGAAGGGCGAAGAUGUAG